AAACGAUCUUAUUGGAUAAUUCCAGUCACUCACAUAAGUCAGAACCAGUUCUCUUUACUCGCAGUUUACAUAAUGUAAAAUCGAGAAUUCUUUCUAUGACCACUUGCUAAAUAUGUUAUAUUUUUCAGGGAGUGUUGACAUUCAGGGAUGUGGCCAUAGAAUUCUCUCCAGAAGAGUGGGAAUGCCUUGAUUCUGCCCAGCAGCAUUUGUAUAGGGAUGUGAUGUUACAGAACUACAGAAACCUGGUGUUCCUGGGUCUUGCUGUCACCAAGCCAGACUUGAUCACCCAUCUGGAACAAGAAAAAGAGCUCUGGAAUGUGAAGAGACAGGAAACAGUAGCCAAAUACCCAGAGAUAUUGCCGAAGCAGAACAUAAAAGAUUCAUCUAAAAAUGUAAUACCAAGAAAAUACAAAAGCUGUGGGCUUGAUAAUUUAUGCUUAAAGAAAGUCUGGCAAGAUGAGAAUAAUUGCAAGGGGCAGAAAAGUAGUCAUAAUUACCUCCAGCAGUGUUUGUCACCCAUCCGUAGCAAGAUAUGCCAAUGCAAUAAAUGUGGCAAAGCUUCUCAGUGGUGCUCAAUUCUUACUGAAGAUAAGAAAAUUUGUAGCAGAGAGAAACCCUACAGUUGUGAAAAAUGUGGCAAAGUCUGUAGGUCAUUCCCAGGCCUUACUAGACAUAAGAGAGCUCAUACUAGAGGAAAACCCUACAGAUGUGAAGAAUGUGGCAGAGCCUUUAAACGCUUCUCAAACCUUACUAAACAUCAGAGAAUUCAUACUGGAGAGAAACCCUACAAAUGUGAACAAUGUGGCAAAGCCUUUACUCGCUCCUCAACCCUUGCUACACAUAACAUCAUUCAUACUGGAGAGAAGCUCUACAGAUGUGAAGAAUGUGGCAGAGCAUUUACCCACUCUUCAGCUCUUACUAGACACGAGAGAAUUCAUACUGGAGAGAAACCCCACACAUGUGAAGAAUGUGGCAAAGCCUUUACCUACUCCCGAAACCUUAUUAAACACAAGAAAAUUCAUACUGGAGAGAAACCCUACUAUUGUGAAGAAUGUCGCAGAGCCUUUAAAAGCUUCUCAGACCUUACUCAACAUAAGAUAAUGCAUACUUUAGAGAGACCAUACAAAUGUGAAGCAUGUGGCAAAGUCUGUAGGUGGUUCUCAGAGUUUACAAAACAUAGGAUAAUUCAUGCUGGAGAGGAACCCUAUAAAUGUGAAGACUGUGGCAAAGGCUAUAUGUAUCCCUCAGAACUUUCUCAACAUAAGAGAAUUCAUACUGGAGAGAAACCCUACAAAUGUGAUGACUGUGGCAAAGCUUAUAGGUGGUCCUCAGGUCUUACUAAACAUAAGAGAACUCAUACUGGAGCAAACUAUACACGUGUGAAGAAUGUGGCACCGUCUUUUCCCGCUUCUCAACCCUUUGUAACCACAGGAGAAUACAUACUGGAAGGCGACCUUAAAAUGUGAGGAAUGUGGCAAAGUCUUUAAGUGUUUCUCAGCCCUUACUAAACAUAAGAGAAUGAAUAAUGAAGAGAAACUACAGGUAUUAAAAAUGUAAAAAAGCCUUAAGCAGGUCCUCAAUUUUUUUUUAAUAUAUCAGAACAAAUACGAUAUAAGUGGAAUCACUAUUGAAGGAUAUUGAACAAAAGACUUAAGAGUAUACAAUAAUUCUUUUAUUAUUUAUGAACCUUACAAAUAGAGAGGUACAGUAUUUCUACUUACAUUACAGAUUUUAUUAUACACAGAAAAAUUUAAGCAAGAGGAAAUCCUUAUAAGAGUUCCACAAACUUUACUAAUUUUUAAAAAUAAUAGCUCCCAGAUUUAUUGAUUUUUUAAAAUAGCUUUUUAUGUCUCAGUCUUUUUCAAUUCAGCUCUAAAUUUUGUUAUUUAUUGUAUUCUACCAGCUUUGAGAUUUAUUUGCUCUUUCUUCUCUAGUUCUUUUACUUGUAAUGUUAGGCUCUUAACAUUACAAGUUAAUCUUUUUUUAAUGUGUGAGCAUUUAGCACUAUAAAUUAUUGUCAUCACACUAUAAAUUAUUGUCUUAACACUGCCUUAGCUGUUUCCUAAAGAUUUUAGUAUGUUGUAAUAUAUCUUUGUUAUCAUUAAUUUUAAAAACUUCUUUCUUUCUGACAUAACAGGAGUGUUCAGUUUCCAUGUAAUUGUAUGUUUCUAAGUGAAUUUUCUUAGUCUUGAUUUCUAAUAUGGUCUGAGAUGGCUAUGAAAUCAGUUAUUUUGCAUUUGCUGAGGAGAUUUUUAUUCCUGAUUAUGUGAUUGAUUUUAUAGUAUAUGUCAUGUGGUGAUAAAAAAAAAAUGUAUGUUUGUUUAUUUUUGGUUAAAGUGUUCUGUAGAAGUCUAUCAAGUCCAUUUGAUACAGUGCUAAAUUUAAGUUCUUAAUAUCUUUGUUAAUUUUGUGUCUCAAUGAUCUAUCUAAUAUUGUCAAUGAAGUAUUAAAGUCCCUCACACUAUUGUGUAGAAGUCUGUCUCUAAGAACUUGCUUUAUUAAUCUGGAUACUUUUGUGUUGGGUGUAUAUAUAUUUAGCAUUGUUGUCCCUUUACUAUUAUGUAAUGCCUUUCUUUAUCUUUUUAUAAUCUUAGUUGAUCUAAAAUCUGUUUUGCCAGAAACAAGGAUUGAAACUCUUGCCUUUUUUCUGUCUUUUUAUUUGGUUGGUAGGUUUUACUCCAUUUUUUUAUUUUGAGCCUGUGUGACAUAGUGUCUUGAAGACAAUAUACCAGUGGGUCUUGAUCCUUUAUGCAGCUUGCCACUUUGUCUUUAAUUUGGGGCAUUUAGCUCAUUUACAUUUAAGGUUAGUGUCAAUAUACGUGUACUUGAUUCUGUCAUUAUCUUAGUUAUUUUGCAGACUUGUUUAUUGUGUAAAACAAAUGGUUUUGUUUUGUGGUUGCUUUAUAGUGUCACUGGUUUAUGUACUUUAAUGUGUUUGCCUCUGUCUUUCCUAUUCAGUGCUGUCUUCAGCACUUCUUGUAAGGCAGGCCUAGUGGUAACAAAUUUCCUCAGUAUUAUCUGAAUAGGGUCUUACCUCCUUUACUUCUGAAGCUUAAUUUGGUCACAUAUAAAAUUUUUGGUUAGAACUUUUUUUAAAGUAUGUUGAAUAUUGGCCUCUAAUCUCUUGUUUUUUUUUGUUUGUUUGUUUCUGCCGAAAGGUUCAUUGUUAGUCUGAUGAGCUACCCUUUGGAGAUUACCUGGCCUUUUUCUUUAGCUGCCUUAACCCAUUUUCUUUCAUUUCAGCCUUGGGGAAUCUCGUGUUUAUCUGUCUUGGGAAUGACAUUCUUGAGGAGUAUCCAACUGGGGUUUUCUGUAUUUCCCAAAUUUGAAUGUUAGCCUCCCUAGCUAGCUUGGGGACGUGAUCUUGGUUGAUGUCCUAAAACAUGUCUUUGAGGUUGUUUUCAGUCUCAUCAUGUCUUUCAGGUACACCAUUUAGUUAUAGAUUGGGUCUGUUUAGAUGAUCUCACAUUUCUUGGAGGUUUUGCUUAUUCCUCUUGAUUUUUUGUUUUCCCUCUUCUUGCCUGCUUUAUUUGAAAAAGCCAGUCGUCAAGCUCUGGGAUUACCUCCUCUGCUUGGCAUAUUCUGCUACUCAUGCUUGAUUGCUUUAUGGAAUUUUUGUAGUAGAUUUUUAGCUCUAUCAGGCCGUUUAUGUCCUUCUCUAUAUGGAUUGUUUUAUUUUUUUUUUCUGUCAGUUCCUACAAUGUUUUAUCAUAAUUUUUAACUUCCUUGCGUUGGGUUACAACUUAACUCUUGUAGCUCAAUGAACUUUUUUCCUAUCCUUAUUCUGAAUUCUACUUCCGUUACUUUAGCUAUCUCUGCCUUUGCUGAGAGGUGAUUUGGUCAUUUGGAAAAAAGAAGCCACUCUGCUUUUUGAGUUGUCAUCAUUGUUGCACUGAUUCUGUCUCAUGUUUGCAGGCUUAUCUACAUUUAAGCUUUGAGGUUGCUGAACUUUGGAUGGAAUUUUUUUUUCCUUUUACUUGGUGCCCCUAAGGGUUUAAUUGAGGUAUAAGGCAAAUUGAGCAGAUAUGGUUGAUUCCUGGGAAAUUUUAAGGGGCCAGUGCUCAAUUCACAACUUCUAGGCUGCAUGCACUAACUGUAGGACACUUGUAUUGAGCCCUGAGUUAAUUCUCUGGUUUCUUGAGGUUUGAAGUCCACUAUGCUUGGGGGACUGAGGUGAUGCAGCUGCAGCAGAGUGCUAGUGGAUGUGGAGUUUUGGGCUGUCUGUGGACAUUCAUCUCAUUGUUAGAGCCAGAGCAUCUGGGUGGGAGUUGGGGGCCCCUGCUGGAGACUCUGGGUGCUGUUGUACUAGUGGUAUUGGCUUGAGACAGGGUAUUGGCCAGCACAGGUUUGAUGCCUUCUCUGUGUCCUGCAAGCUCAGUGUGUGGAAGCAUCCUCCCUGUUCUCUGCACAGUGUCAGCACAAGGGAAGGGCAGGGCUUGCGGGCUUUGUGCCAGCCAGGGCUCCAUUUGCAAUUGCAGUUGCUUGGGGUUGAGAGUCAUACUGCAUUCCCAUGGGCUGGUGGGCAAGUAAAGCAAAACAUGCCCAUG